AUGUACCAGUCUUCAUCUUCUGUACCAGUGAAACCUGAGGUCUCAGAAUCCGACAGGCUUUCAUAUGUGGGGAAUAACUUUGGCAGUGGGGUGAUGAAGUGUAACUCCCUGUGCAGGUAUUUUGUUGGCGUGUUGAACCAGGACUCUGGGCAGAUGGAAGUUUAUAAUGCUGAAAUAUUCAACAUGCAGCCCCUGCUGUCAGAUAACUUGCUACAUGAUGACACAAAGGAUUAUCAGAAGAAAUCCUACAGGGAGAAGAUGGAUCUGUGCAUCGAGGCCUUUGGCACCAGCCGGCAGAAGCGGGCGCUGAGCUCCCGCCGGAUGAAUGCAGUGGGCAGUGAUGUUCUGAGCUCUGCUGUGACCAAAGCAGCAACAAACGUUAUAGAUGCAAAAGGAGUCACAGCUUUGAUCCAGGACAUGGCCCAAGAUGAUGUGCAGAACAUCUCUGUCUUCCUCCCACCAUGUAAUGAAGAUGCUGACAAGCCAGAAAAUGUUUACAAGUUUGAGGACAUCCUGUCCCCAGCAGAGUACGAAGCGCUGCGGGUUCCAGCAGCAGCCUUUGCUAACAUCACUGCAGAGGAACUCGCCAAGAAAAGCGAGGACAGAAGCCACUGCUGCUUUGUUCUAGAGGAGCUGAAGUUCCUGCCUGCUGAAGAGAGGAGCCGAGAUCACAAAGCCCGAUGCCUCUGGUUCUUGGACACCCUUAUUAAGUUCAGCUACCUGAAAGUGAUCAAGAAGAAACAUCCAAUGGGUCCUGAAUGUCCUCACAUUAUUAGCAGGAAACUCAUGAAGAAUUUCACUUCACUGACCUACAACAAUGGCAGUGUCCAGAACUUGAUCUCUGCAUCAAUGAAGGCUAAAAUCGCAGCAUAUGUCAUUGCACUGGCUCUGCACAUCAACAACUUCCAGACAGACCUCACCCUCCUGCAGAACGACCUCAAGCUCCAGGAGAGCAGGAUGCUGGACAUCGCCAGGGCCCUGCGGCUGAGGAUCUCCAAGGCAAAGGGGCUGCCAGGACUUGAGAAUGAUUCCAACCACAAGCUGGGCACCCUCUCACUCCCCUUGCCUGUGCCAAAGGCACCAGGGGGCCAGAGGAAGCGCAAGAAAAUGAAUUAA